GUAAUCAAGAAAGGUCCUGUUUCCAUAUCCAAGAACAACAGCAAUGUCUCUGCUAUACCGAUAAAUAAAGACGGGCUUUUUGGAGGUGUGGUAAACCCAAACGAAGUGUUUUGUUCGGUUCCGGGUCGUCUGUCUCUUCUUAGCUCAACGUCAAAGUACAAAGUCACAGUAGCGGAGGUGCAGAGACGUCUUUCUCCGCCUGAGUGCCUGAACGCCUCCCUGCUCGGUGGGGUCUUGAGGAGGGCCAAAUCUAAGAAUGGCGGAAGAUCUUUAAGAGAAAAGCUAGAUAAAAUCGGAUUAAAUCUACCAGCAGGGAGACGCAAAGCUGCCAAUGUUACUCUCUUGACGUCACUGGUGGAAGGUAAGUUUAUUGUGUAUCCUUCUAGACAAAUCUGCAAAGAGUUCACGGACCUGCUCUCGCAAGACCGCUCGCCCUUGGGGAAUUCACGCCCACAGCCCAUUCUUGAGCCCGGGAUUCAGAGCUGUUUGACCCACUUCAGUCUUAUUUCUCAUGGAUUCGGGACUCCGGCCAUGUGCGCGGCCCUCACGGCGCUGCAGAACUAUUUGACGGAGGCCAUUAAAGCCAUGGACAAAAUGUACCUGAACAACAAUCCUAAUAGCCACAAUGAGACGGGGUCGAAGGCGGGUGACAAAGACGAGAAGCACAGAAAGUGAUGUCAAGCCAACACAUCCCAAUUGAUGUAUGACAAAAUACAUAUAUAACAAACACUAGUGAUCAAGAUGAAACACUGAAAGCACCACCUCCCGUUCUUGAUAUUUUGAAACUUAAAAAAAAGUAAUAAUACUAAUAAAAUAGUUCACUUUGGGAUUCGUGGACAAAGCAUUUCUUUAAAUCAAAAUAAAGCAGUGUGCCAAUGAAAGGAGUAUAGAUCGGGUUAAUCUGCCACAGCAGGACUUUUCAUGAACUCCCUUUGUAUGAGUUCAAUGGACUGAAAUUCAGCGAUUUCCCCUCACUAUCCCCAUUUACGAUUGUAGCCAUGUGACAACAAGAAGCUGAAAGAGGAAGAUUUUUUAUCAGUAUUGUGAAUAAACUAGAAAGUAAAAAAUUCUACAGCUCCACAACAUGACUUCAAUAACUGACUUUUUACUCGACCAAGCGACCAACUUGAACUUUGAAUUUCAACACGAUUCACAGUUAUAUGAGGGAAUCUGUGUUCAUGUAUGUAUAUAUUUAUUUAUGUGUAAUUUAAUGGGAAUUGUAAAUAAGGUACGUCUGUUCAAACUUCUUUUUUAUUUAUCUGGUGCCUCCUGUUUUAGUGGGUUUGAAUAUUCGCUUAGUUCUUCAUGUGGUUUUAUGGUUCUUAGAAAACAGAAGUUUGGGGUAUUCUUCUCUGGGAUAUUUCAAUUCAGCCCUCUUGUAGCAUGUUGAGGCGACACUGAAGCAAGUGAACAAAUUUAAAAGAAAUAAACAUCAAUUUCUCUAUUAUUAUUAAUAUUAUUAUUAUGCCAUUCAGUUUUAGAUCGAAAAAGGUCAUUGCAGAGACUCCGACGAUGCUAGUUUUGUGUUUCUAUCUUCUUGUUUUUAUACGAGCUUUUUAUGUGUUGUGCCAAUCACCUCU